GGGGGCUAUACCGCGACCAACAACCACCCAGACUUCCCACCUCUUUCAAAUCCUUUCAAAAAAUUUCUCGUUCGUUAAAUCAAGAUUACAAGUUCUUUUCUUCAAGUCCGGCAUGCAAGUUAGAAGCUUUUACACCUCUAGACACUUUUCCUCGUAGACAUAUUGGUCCUUCUGAUACAGAAAUAAAAAGUAUGCUAGAGUUUGUUGGCGUCAAAGACCUGGAGGACCUCGUUUCAAAAACAAUUCCAGCCAACAUUCGGUCCACCAAACCACUCUCACUCGAAAACGGUUUGACCGAGAAUGCUUUACUCAAAAGACUGCAUAAUAUCGCGUCCCAGAAUAAAACUUUUAAGUCAUACAUAGGAAUGGGAUAUGCAGACACAAUUACUCCUCCUGUAAUUCUGAGAAAUAUUUUGGAAUCCCCAGGCUGGUAUACCCAAUACACGCCAUAUCAACCAGAAAUAUCUCAGGGUAGAUUGGAAUCUUUACUAAAUUUCCAAACGAUGGUCACGGAUCUCACUGGCAUGUCUAUUGCAAAUGCUUCUUUAUUGGAUGAAGGCACUGCUGCAGCUGAAGCAAUGCUGAUGUGUUAUUCCCAUGCUCAACGCAAACGAAAUAUAUUUUUCGUUGAUAAAAAUUGUCAUCCUCAAACAAUUGCUUGUUUAAACACGCGAGCCGAAGGCUUUGGUAUACGUAUUAUUCUCGGAGAUUCUUUCAAUUUUGAUUUUGAUCAACAUGAUAAAGAUUUGGCGGGAAUCUUAAUUCAAUAUCCUGCAACAGAUGGUUCGAUAUGCGACUUUUCAUCACUCGCACAAAAAAUACAUUCUUUAGGAGGGCAAGUUAUAUGCGCUACUGAUCUUUUAGCUCUGACUGUUUUUGUUCCACCGGGUGAAUGGGGCGCUGAUAUUGCACUCGGAAAUAGUCAACGUUUUGGAGUUCCGUUAGGUUAUGGUGGUCCACAUGCAGCAUUUAUUGCGUGUAAAGAUCAGCAUAAACGAAGAAUACCCGGACGAAUUGUAGGAGUUUCUAAAGAUGCACUUGGUAAUAAGGCAUAUCGAUUAUCUUUGCAAACACGAGAACAACACAUAAGAAGAGAAAAAGCAACUAGCAAUAUAUGUACAGCUCAAGUAUUACUAGCAAAUAUGGCUGCUAUGUACGGUGUUUAUCAUGGACCUGAAGGAAUAAAAGCAAUCGCACAUCGUGUUCACAAUCUCACAAGCAUUUUGGCAGAGGCAAUACAACAAUUAGGAUACACUAUCAAAGUUGAACAAUUCUUUGACACUUUAAAUGUUCAUGUUGAUGAAGGUGCAGAUAUUCUUUUAAAAAAAGCAAUUGACGCGCAAAUCAAUCUUCGUAAAGUAGACGAGCACACUGUUGGUAUCACAAUGGAUGAAACAGUUACCAGAAAUGAUUUGGAUGUUCUUUUAAAUAAAGUUUUUUUAAAGGCCAGUAACUUGCAAUUACCGAAUUUAACAGAAAUUGCUAAAACAGUCAAACCAGAGAUUGAUUCUCGAUUAAUUCGCACAACUCCUUUUAUGCAACAUCCUGUUUUUAAUUCUUAUCACUCGGAAACUGAAAUACUUCGAUACAUUUACCAUCUUCAGUCUAAAGAUCUUUCUUUAGUGCAUUCAAUGAUACCGCUGGGUAGCUGCACAAUGAAACUCAAUGCCACAGUUGAAAUGAUACCAAUUACUUGGCCGGAAUUUGCUGAUGUUCAUCCUUUUGCUCCAGUUGAUCAAGCUGAAGGUUACCGAAUUUUAAUAAAGGAAUUGGAAAAUGACCUUGCUAAGCUGACUGGUUUUGAUGGAAUAUCGAUGCAGCCCAAUUCUGGAGCACAAGGAGAAUAUGCUGGGCUUCGAGUUAUUCGUGCCUACCAUAAAUCAAGAGGCGAAGAAAAACGUAAUGUUUGCCUAAUACCAGUUUCUGCGCAUGGAACAAACCCAGCUUCAGCUACAAUGGCGGGAUUAGAAGUCGUACCUGUCAAGUGUCAAACUAAUGGCGAUCUUGACAUGAAAGAUUUGGAAAAUAAAGCGGACAAAUAUUCAGAUCAUUUAGCGGCAUUCAUGGUCACAUAUCCUUCUACGUUCGGUGUAUUUGAACAAGGGGUCGCUGAAGCGUGUAAAAUAAUACAUGAACACGGUGGUCAAGUAUAUAUGGACGGUGCUAAUCUUAAUGCGCAAAUUGGCCUAUGUAAUCCAGCUGAAAUCGGUGCUGAUGUUUGUCACUUGAAUCUACACAAAACAUUUUGCAUUCCACAUGGUGGUGGUGGUCCGGGGAUGGGUCCAAUUGGCGUGUAA